AUGAAGGCCAUGAGGGAGGCCAUGGUUAGGGCGGUCCCUACUGAGCAGCGAGACAAGCUGCGGAGGAUCUAUGAGGGAUUCCUUGGACCAAUGAUCAACUACAGUGCCGAGCUCUUCCUGCGGUUGAAUGCCUUCCUGGAAUGGAAGGACAAGGAUAAUGAGAGGCUAAAGCAUGCCUGGGCCCAGAUUCAGAAGACCUACGAUGCCAUUACUGGGGAAACAACCGUCCAGCGCCGAAAUUUCGAAACCCAAAUCAACGCUCUGUUCGACAAAGCGACGCAGCAGGCUGAAGAUUUGGUGAAGCUGGGCCAGGCCCUAGAGCAAGAGUCCGUGGCCAGAGAUGCCAUGAGACGGGAGAGGGAUCAGGCCCUCCUGGACGGCCAGCGCUGGAGGGAAGGAUUCGAGGCCUCCGAGAAGCUUCGAAGUGAUGUGGCCUUGGCCCAAAAACACUUGAAGGAGGCCUUGGACGAGGCGGACGUUCUCAAGGCCGAGGUGGAAAGUUUAAAGAAGUCCGUUGAGGACUUAACUCUCCAGUUGCAAACACCUCGGGCCCCUAGUGCGGAUGAGGUCGUCCGCAUUGAGCAGAAAGCUGAGGAUAGGCUGGAGAGCCACUUCUUUGAGGCUUUUGAGCUUAUGGUGGACGAGGGCGAGGCGGCCUUUUAUCAAGAACGCUUCAUGAUAGAAGAGGCUAAGAAGGCCGGGCAGCCUUCACCUGAGCUGGACGUCACGCCAACUACCUCAGAAGAGGAGGAAAACGAAGAAGUGGCGGCCAGCAAAGAUGGUGAGGCUGAGAGCAAGGAGACGCCUGUUGAUGACGCGUCCCUUGCCGCCGUUCAAGAGCGUGGCCUAGGCUAG